AUAAUGUUACUGGGGUAAAGAUCAUCUCAGCAUGGUAUGGUGCAGGAGCGGCUGGGCGUUGGCGUGGGUGUCCUUAUCGGCGUUGGCAUGGGUCGCCUCGCUCCAGGAGACGGCUGCGGAAAGGCCCGCGGUAACCUGGACCGGCACCAGGCACCAAGGACGCCGCCACGAUUCCCCGGUCCGGCCGGCCACUUCCACCAGGAGGUCCUGGUGGGGGGAAACCGCCCCUUCCGACCGCACUCUGGCAGAGCGGACGUCCUGGGACAGAGUGUCUGCCCGUGAGUAUAGUGGGCACGUUGCGCCAAUGCCAAGGAGGCGCGAGGAAGAUGGCGCGCGGCACCACGCACGACAGAGUGCGCGCCAAGCCGCCUAUCGUCAGCAGGAAACGUCGAGCGACGUGCACCAACGCGCACGAGACUCCCAUGGGUCGCAGGCGGCACAAGCCAGGGCGCCUCACACACCAGCUGCCUCAGAGGAGAGCACAGCACGGUCCUCUGGCCCGCAGAACCGCCACGGCAUAAGCGGGUACCAGCACAGCGCCUCCGGACGUCCCAGAGAAAACCAGAGCGUGCCUCCGCGCACGCACUCCAGCUCUCGGUGGCAGCCGUACCAGAAGGCAUCACAAACGCCAUUUGGAAACGAGAACUCGUGGCGCAGGAUCCACGCGGCUCACCGGCCGCCGCGCCUUCCGCGAAGGGACAAGAGGCCGAACAUCGUCCUCAUUCUCACCGACGACCAGGACGUCGAACUCGGUUCCCUCAACUACAUGCCUCAACUCAUGAACCUUAUGAAGGACGGAGGCGCCUACUUCCCUCAGGCUUACACCACCACGCCCAUGUGUUGUCCGUCUCGUUCGUCCAUCCUCACCGGAAUGUACAUACAUAACCACGAGGUGUACACCAAUAACGAGAACUGCUCCUCGACCAUGUGGCAGCAGACGCACGAACGCCGCUCCUUCGCCACCUACCUCAACGACGCCGGCUACAGGACGGGUUACUUCGGGAAGUACCUGAACAAGUACAACGGGUCGCACGUGCCGGUCGGGUGGCGCGAGUGGGCGGGGCUGCUCAUGAACUCCCGCUACUACAACUACACCGUCAACAGGAACAACCACUGGGUCAAGUACGGCGACCAGUACCCAAGGGAUUACUACCCGCACGUGAUCACCAACGACGGGCUGCACUUCCUGAAGACGAGCAAGCGCCUGGACCCGUCGCCGCCCGUCAUGAUGGUGCUGAGCUACCCUGCGCCGCACGGGCCCGAGGACUCCGCGCCCGAGCACGCCCACCGCUACUUCAACGCCUCCGACCACCACACCGUGGCGUACAACUACGCCCCGAAUCCGGACAAGCAGUGGAUCCUGCAGUACACGUCGAGGAUGCACGACAUCCAGCUCAAGUUCACAGACCUCCUCAUGACCAAGCGCCUGCAGACGCUGCAGACCGUCGACGAGGCCGUACAUAGGAUAAUCCGCGCCCUGGAUUCCCUCGGGGAAUUAGACAACACCUACGUCUUCUACACCAGCGACCAUGGUUACCACUUGGGCCAGUUUGGCCUCGUCAAGGGGAAGUCGAUGCCCUUCGAGUUUGACAUCAAAGUGCCCUUCUUGGUUCGCGGCCCCGGCAUCAAGGCCGGAGUUCAAAUAAACAAAAUUGCUCUGAACGUUGAUCUGGCGCCGACCUUCCUGGACAUUGCCGGCAUCAAGCCUCCGCCACACAUGGACGGGCGCUCGCUGCUACCGCUGCUGAAGAGCGACCAGCCGGACUACGUCACCUGGAGGGACAGCUUCCUGGUGGAGAGCUCUGGUCGCCACCGGGAGGAGGACGCUUUGGAACUGAGGCAAAUUCGGCGGAUGCAGAGGGCGAAGGGUCUGGCGGCCUCGGCUGGCACUGAAGGAGGCCUCUAUACAUCCAAGCAUGAGAAGCUGGAGAUCGUGUGCGAGAGUGACGAAUACCGAGCCCCCUGCGGACCUCUGCAAAAGUGGGAGUGUGUUCGUGAGGGAUACAGGUGGAGACUGCAGAAGUGCCGCAACAGAAACAAGUGGCGGAAGCGCAACUGCGUCUGCGAACCUGACCUGGGAAUGGGAUACCUGGUCAAGCUGGACUCGGAGGAACGCCGAAAACAGAGGCUCUUCCUCAAGAAACAUGUAACCCAAGACCUGAAGAAAUACGAGCCAAAGUUCAUCAAAGCAUUCAGCGAUGUUGAUAGCAGUGAAGUUGCGGAACAGAGUCUUGGUAGACGAAUUCAGCGCAACUCCCGUUGGUCUGCUCAGCGGAAUCGCAGGCGCAGAUUCAGAAGGGACACUGACGAGCAACCAGUAGAGGAGGAUACUGAAUAUGGCGAUGGAGAUCCUACCAAGGACAAUGAAAAAGAUGAAGUGGAUGUGUUUGUCAGUGAAGAAGAAAUGAGAGCGAUCGAUGAUCAGAUUCACCAUCUCUCAGAUGAACUUGAAUCGUUAGAAAGUGUGAGCAGUACAACAUCCACAUCUGUUGCUGUUGGAAAUGAAUCUCUCUCUACAAUACCAUUACCAGGAGAGAAGACUGUGAAGCUUCGCCAUGGAUGCAGAGCAACUGGAACCUCAGUGGACUGCACUGAUGAAGUCUACCGAGAUCCACAUGCCUGGAAGAUGAGCAAGGAAGCCAUUGAUGAUAAGAUUCGAAGAUUAAGGCAUCAGCUGUUUAUGAUGAAGGGUAUAAGGAAACAUUUGCGAGAGAGCCGCCCAGACUCAGUUCUAAUUCCGGAGGAUUAUGAAUAUGAUGAGGAAGAAGGCACUGUUGGAGAUUAUGAUGUGUUAGAUGUGAACAGCAUUCUUGGCUUAGAUGGUGAACUAGACAUACCUGAUGAUAUGCUUCCUGAAAAUGAAGAUACUGAAGAAGAGGAUAAUGUUAUAGAGAAUGAAACACACACACACAGCUACAUGGAAGACACUGUGGAGGAGACCACAAUGAUGGUUGGAGAAGAGGAUGCUAAUACAGAGGAGGAAGAUAAUGAUGAUUACCAGUAUGUUACAACUGAGAGCAGUAAUUUUGAGGAGGAAGAAGUUCAUCAAGAAG